GCGCUGAUUUGUAUCGCAGUUUCUUGUAGUGUGCAGUGUUAAUAUGAGUGGGGAUAGUGUUAAAAAUGGGCACACAUAUGUGCAAUGGAUGGUCGCUAUAUUAGCAAACAUAGCUGUAUUCGUAUACGGCUUCGAGAACAGUUGGAUAUCACCCAUGACUAAGAUCCUGCAAUCCGACGAAUCCCCAGCUGGUGCACCACUCUCUGACUAUGCUAUAUCCUGGAUUGCCAGUGCCAUGGGCUUCGCAGCUACGUUCGGUACCUCGGCUUAUGCGUAUAUGGCAGAUAGGUUUGGCAGGAAGAUUGCUGUUAUGGCCCUUUUAUAUCCACAAGCGAUUUCAUGGGCUCUAAAACUCUACCCUACAGUUCUAACAUUAACUUUAUCACGAAUUGUCGGCGGUUUGGCCGCAGGAGGGAUUUUCAACGUAGUUCCUAUGUAUGUGAAGGAAAUAAGCCAGGAUAGUAUAAGGGGCACGCUGGGCUCUUUGCUGAUAUUGUCGCAGAAUUUAGGUGUCCUUUUCAUGUUUAUAAUCGGAACCUAUUUUGACUACUAUACUGUGCAAUGGUCAAUCAUUGGAAUACCUAUUGUGACUGCAAUACUUAUGUUGAAAGCUCCAGAAGCCCCCGCUUUCUUGGUUAAACUUGGGAAAAUGGAUGAGGCACACGAAACAGUGGCUUUCCUUAGGGGCCUGGAUGUGCAUGAUAAAAGAGUCUUGGAAGAAGUAGACCGGAUGAAGAAGGAAGAAGACACUUUUCAGAGCUUGCCAAAAGUGCAACUGAAGACACUUUUUAUCGAUUCAAAAUGGCGUCGCAGCAUCAUAAUAUUCCUCAUUUCCAGUACAAUACAUGGCUGUAGCGGGGCAUACGCCAUCAUGGUAUAUGCCCUGACUCUGCUGACAUACGCAAGCUCCGACUUCGUUAUAAGCCCCGAAGUACAGUCGUUUAGCUUUCCGAUUGUCAUGAUCUGUGCUUGCUUGCUUCUUGCAGUUUUUGUGGAAAGGGUGGGACGGAAGCGACUACUCGUAGCGGCAUAUGCAGCUUCAGGCAUAUCAUUCGGCGUACUAGCCACAUCGAUACUGGCUCGAGACACUGGCUUGGUGCCCGGCUGGCUCCCGCUAGUGGCCAUGAUAGUGAAUGUGUUCGCAUAUGCGGGUGGUGUGUCGUCGCUCACUUAUAUUAUAUUGACUGAGGUGUUUAAUUUUCAGGUUCGUGCAAAAGUAAUGGGCAUGAUAGUAACAUACAUAUGGUUCUUAGAAUCUAUACAGCUCCUAAUCUACGCGCCGAUCUCAAAAUUCUUCGGAUAUUCUACAUUAUUUUAUUUGUUUACAAUAAUUAACUUUAUUGGAAUGAUAUUUGUAUUAAUAUAUGUACCAGAAACCAAGGGAAAGAGUGAAGAAGAAGUGCAGAGGAUUAUAAGGGGAGAUCGAAAGGAUGUAUCAUAGAUAAUAAAUAGUUUUUUGUU